UCCCGCCGCGACGCCUUUCUCCCCCUCUCGGGGCCUCCGGGGCUCCCGCUGAGGCCGCCCCGGCCGUACCGGAGCCUCCGCUGCGGGCGGUAGCGCGGAGCUCCCGGCGCGCCGUCCGCCCGGGGUCCCGCAGCCGGCGGCGCCUCCCGCCCGCGCCCCCCGGGCCGGGAGCGCAGGGCCGCCCCGCUGGGGGCUCCGGAGGCCGCUCCCCACCCGCCCGGGGCCGCCGCCGCCCCCGCCCCGCCGCCGCUCAGCGCCCCGGGCCCGGCCGGUGCUGCCCGGCCAUGCGGCGGGCGGCCCGGCCGCCUCCCCACGCCAGGCCGCGGCUCGGGCGCGGCCUGCAGGGGGCUCUGGGCCGGCCCCGCCGCCGCUCGCCGGGACCUUCCGGGGCGCCCACCUGUUCCUCGGGCCCUGCGACCGCUCCGGCCGCGGCUGGGGGGACCCCGGGCUGCGGGGACAUCAGGAGGGCUCCGGCUGUGGCUGCGGAGCUCUGGAGCUGCUCCAGCACCGAGCAGCCUCGGUCUUCGCUUUUAUCCCUUCCUGCAGCGCCGUAAUGAGCUUAUGGGCUCCUUCUGGGAUGUGGUGUAAGCACAGAAGUCAGCGUGUAUUUUACCUGUAAGUGGCCUUAAGUGGCGGUUAUCCAAAGGAUCAUUUGCUCCUUUUAAGGGUUUUUUGGCUCAUCCGAGCAGUUCUCCUCUUAGGUGUUUAUUACUGUGAGAGGACUGCAGGGCCCUCAAUCUGUCCAAUUUUUGAGUCUUAGAUCAACAGUCACCUCUGCAGGAUGCCAAGGUGGGUCUGUCUUGGCCAUCUGCAGUUUGUGGGGGCAGCCUCUCGUGCAUCAGGCUGAAUGUGUGCGUGUUAUUUUAGGGGCUGGGGUGUGUGAAACGGUGCUUUGGUUCCAUUAAAGUCAUUCCUGCUCCUGUCUGAACAAGUGCUUUUUUGUGAUAGACCUGCAUCAAAGUGCUAAAGUAGCUAAUAAAGUUAUUGUCAUUUGGAACCCCUCCUGGAGCAGCCUUUCUGUGUCGUGGGGACUGAAGAAAAAUCUCUCGGGCCUUGUAGGUUCUGUAGAACCCCCUGGGCUGGGCAUCUGUGGGGAGCUGCAGUGUUACACGUUGGAGUAACAGUAACAAAUCCUGGUGGUAAUUGUGGGCUGUUAAAUGUCAGCGUUGUCUGAGUUUGCAGUACUUUAACAUGGAUCUUGCUGAAAUGUCAGUUAGUGCACUUCAUGAAUCCUGUUUGCUCUGAGCUCUCUUUCUGUGGCUGCAGAUUUUUCACUCUACAUGAGACCGAGCGCCAACCUACUUUAAUAAAAUUCUAGCAGAUCUGUGGUGUCUUUUGACUUCAGAACUGUCAGCUGCAGUGGUUACCCUAAUUCUGGUGUUACUUUGUCAGACUCUGUGGCUGUGCAGAGCUAAGCAGCCAGGAAGUCAAUUUUGUGGUGGAUACUCCUCCCUUUCUCCACACGCUGAUGUUUCAGGAUGCUGUUGUGAGAGGACCCAAAAUAAAACCAGGCAGCUCUCUGCUCCCACAGGUCAGUAGCCCCUUAAGUUUAGGAGGGAUGUAUGUUAAAUUAUGAUUCUACAUACUUGAUACUUAUCCAGGGCAAUAAUUGGUGGUAGAAAAAUCAGCCCAUUGUUCCAAAGUGCCUGUAGGCAGGGUCUGUCUUCCAGUUUAACCUUUUCUUGGAGGAGAGCAGAGGUGGUGUAGCUGAGGUUCAUUGUACAGCCUGAGAGCUCAGGCUCUUGGCUCCAAAGCACAUGGAAUGUGUGGUGUUGUUGAUUGUUCACUACCUGGCACAUCACUGGCACAGAGGGAAGAAAAACAUACAUUUUAAACAUGCUUAAAAAGCAGAUUUUGAGUUUAAUCACAUUUGGACACCACCAUGAGAGCACAAGAAGCUGCUCUGCUCUUUUCCUCCUGGGAGAGUCAGUGCAGCCAUGAACUGCUGUGCCUGCAGGGAAAGCUCCAGCUGCUUUCUGCUGGCUCUUAGAAUCUUCUCCUGAUGGAAUUAGUUGUGUUCAAACCUACAGCAGACACUGUUGUUACUGACUUCCUCAUUUACCAAGAAGGUCAAGCUUUGAGGCCUAGAGUUACUUCAAGUGUAGUUGCUGUGUGUGUUUCUGGAGAGGCUGAAAGCUCCACCAGUAGUGGGCAAAGCCAGUCCAGUUCUGUGGGGCUGAGGAGGGAGGAGAUGCUUGGUUCUUCAUGGUGCUUUACUGUAGGGUCUGUAAAUUUAAGCUUCACUUAAAUUCCCUAACACAUCCCCUAACACGAGCUGCCAUUGUGGAUAUUUAUUCCUGAGUGGUUAGUUGGAUCUUGGUCAACUCACAGGUCAUGCCUUAAGUGAAAAAAAAAAAAAUAGGACAUAAGUUUCUCUACCUCUGUUGGGUUGAAGUGGUCAAAAUAAUGGUUUCCCCAAGCUUGCAGAACCUGCUGGCCUCAGGAAAUCAUCUCCUGUGCUGAUUGUUCAUCUCCAGCUGCUCCAUAAAGCCCUGCUGACUCGGGAGCAAUAUUGAAUUUACACAUGUUUAGCACUUGAACCUCCUCUAGUAAUUGCUGCAGCAUAUAUUUAUAAUUUAGUUUCUCACACUUAGAGGUUACCUGUGUAAAUUCUGAACUAUUUCAAAGGAGACCUAUAAGAAAUAAGCUAUUUUUAAAAGAACUUACAUCAUCCUAGAAGCCACCCGGGAUGUCUGGUAUUGUGUCUUCAUUUAUUCAGCCUUUUCUCCUCGAGGAAACAUAUGGGCAAACCACUUCUGCUCCAUGACCUAAGCACUGAGUACCAGCAUCACUUUCCUUCCAAGGCUUCUGUGAGAACAUAGCAGGAGGUGGAAGAGAGCAGGAGUUCUGUUCUGUGAGGUCUGACAGGGGAGAUGUUCCUUCAUUCUGGUGGGAACAAGGCUGAGAAGCCACCCCUUCAGAGCACCUUUGCCUUGGUAACUCAUGCUCUGUGCUCCUUGGGGAGUUUAUUCCCAGGAAAAAUGAGAAAUGUUGGUUUUUGCUCUGUGGACGAGCCUGUCGUUUCCAGCCAGCUGCUAGAAUUGUGCUUGCAAUUAAAUGGUUCCUCAUGCUGAAUAUGUAGCAAUCUGUUCCUGUUUUUAAAUAUUAGAUAAUAACUUCAUUAUUUGCCAUUAGUACCCCUCUGUGACACAAACCCAGCUUUGGUUUGAGUAACAGCCUGCAUUGUGUGCUCCCUGUGAGCUUGGGCUUGGCUCUAACUCAGCUGGGCUUGCUGCAGACAUUCAGGAGUAGUCCAUGGCCUGAAUUAUUAAUAAUUAAUUAGCCUGUGUGUUGGAAUAUAUUGGGUGGUGUAUUGGCAUGGGCUGAUCUCCCAGCUGGCACAAGUUGCAUGGUUAAAGAUGUUGGUUGUUUUAGCAAGGUGCUGGAGGCAAAACCCCCCUCACCAGUGGUACAGGUGCUUUCCAGUAGUGUUUUAAGAAGGUGCAGGGCACUGCUGUAAUAAUAUAAAUUCAGAAAGCAGGGGAAGCUGGUGCUUCACUUCCUGAGGGUCCCAGUGAUUUCUUUGGAUGCAGGAAGUGUUACGUGUGGGCGAAAGUAGACUAGGAAUGGCUCUUGCUUGAGCUUUAUCCUUUUCUGUGAGCCCUAAUGAGCUUAGCAGUUUUGAGGGAGGUGCAGAGAACCUGUUGUACCUCUUGUCCUCUUUGUCCCUUUCCUCACUUGCAGCUCAUCUUGUUUGGAGCAGUCUCACAUUUGGUGCAGGAAGGCAGCAGGUUGUUCCAGGUGUGUGACAAAAUGCAGGGGGUUGGGGAGCAUUUCUUCAUGUGCAAGGUCUAAAGUGUUGUUAUCAUGUCAAGCUUUAGUUUCAGAUAAAGAUUUUGGGCCUGAUGGAGAGAGUCCCAUUGCAUUCAGGUUUUUUAUAAUAACUUUAAAUGAGGUCUGUGUUUCUUAGUGCUCUGUAUUACAAACACUUGGAUUCACUUGAAUUCACUGUGUGUGGGUGAUGGUGCAGUUGGUUUGAAUAUUGCUUAUCCACUUCUUUCUGAAACAGCUUAUUUAGCUUGGUGGCAGUGCAGGCUGUCAAUUCUUCACAGGGGUUGGAAGGCUGGAGAUUUAAAAACUUCUAAUUUGUACAGUGCCCCUUGUAGCAGUGAGACCAUUCUGAACUUUGAGGCUGCUAAGACAAAAUCUGAGUGAACAGAGAUAUCAGAGAGUUUAAAUUGAGGGGUCAAACCAAGGGGAAUGCCAGACUGCUUUUCAGUUGUUAAUUCCUUGAAACUCCCCAGGUUGCAGUGAUGAUGGCAGUAGUCAUUUGCUCUGAAGCUCUAAUUUGAGUGUUUGUUUCGGCAGCAGUGACAAUUUAAAUAACACCCACUUCUUAUUCCUGCUACACACACCCAUUUUAUGUGUACAGGAUGGUGUGGUGAACUGAACCGAGGAAUUGAUCAGGAUUUAAAGAAGAAAAAAGGCAAUAUAUGGAUCUUUUCCCAGGUAGUUUUGAUGUAGCUCAAUUAUUUGAUAAAACUUCUGGUGCAUCACAAAUAGUUUUGGCAGCAGAAUUGGGUCUUAAAGUGUUUAAAUAAGUUUGGAAGCAUAAAAGAGCAGCAUCCUACGAGGGUGGGGAGGCCCUGGAUCCCUGGAAAUGCCCAAGGUCAGGUUGGACAGGACUUGGGGCAACCUGGGACAGUGGAAGGUGUGGGAGGGGAAUGGAAUGGGAUGGGCUCUAAGGUCCCUUCCAACCCAGCCCAGUGUGUGAUUCCAUGAGGAGUGGAAUGUUGCUGCUUCCUGGGUGCAUCCCUGCUGCCCUGGGACCUGGCAGGAAGGAGGUGUUGUCACCUGGAAAAGUUAACCACGCCUGUCUGGGUUUUUUGAGGUGACAGUGGCUGCCUUAUGGUCAGGUUUCACUUGCAGAGCCUUUUUUUUGUUGCUGUCACUUGUGUGUGGCUCACAGAUGUCUGGAAUUAUCCUGUGUUUGUGGGCAUGCAGCAAUAGAGGGGCUCUGAAUGUGCCCAGGAAUAACUGGGAAACAUCUUCACAGCCAGCCAGGAGGAUACUCCUGAGCUGUAAGUCAUGAGUGAGCUCUGCAACUCAAGAGUGAACCACCACCUUCCACUAAAGGCUGUGUGGACAAUGCUCCAAAUGAUCAAAAAUUGAUUUGGCUUGAAGCCCUGUGCUUACACUAGCUGAAGCUGCCAGUGGAGCUGGGAGAGCUGCUGGGAUCAUGUCCCCACCUCCAGCUGUUCUUGUUGCCUCCCUUGUGUGACCCAAGCAAAGAACUCACCUGGCCAAGCCCUACCUGAACAGGGGCUCCUCAGGGACCCCUGUCCAUGCCCCAGCUCCUCCUGGGCUCAGAGAGGUGGCACUUGUGGCACAGAGCUGGGGAAUUGUGUGGCAGGGAGAGGUGACAGUGGGGUGGUGGCAGCUCAGGCUAUCCUAGGGCAGCUUGAGCCCCCUCACAUUGCCAGACUGGGUCAUCAUGGGGGAUCAUUAAAGAGCUUUUUAAAUCCAAAUGAUAAAACUUUACAGCAGGGGCCUAUCUGCACGUGCUGUACCUGGGCCCUUGGUGGGAAACACUCUGAAUGCUCAGAGGCUGCAGGGAAAGAACUCCUUAACACAUUUUUAUUGGUGUAGCCAUGAAACAGCUCCUCAGUGGAAGAACCAACUUUUUGUAGGUGCUAUAAAUAUGGGCAAGAACCUCUGGCAGUCACCAGGAGCCACAGCUUGGAACAGACAGCUGGUGAGGGUCCUUCCAGGAGAGAUGUGCUGAAACAAACUUCCCAGGCUGCAGAGGACCCCUGGCUGGUGCUUCCCAACUUUCUUCAUUUGGGGAUGUUCUGGACCCUGUGUGAGGCCAUUUGAGUGCACCUUGGCACACCUUGAAGCCAAGAGAGCAGGGAGCUUAGCAGGCCAUCCUGGCAGGGCUGGAGCUGGGAUGGGAUGGCCAUGGGAUCCAGCUGGAUCAGCUCCUGCUGCCAAGGCACUGGAGCCUGACACCAGCAGGGGCCAGAGGGAAAACACUCCAGAGCUCCCACGUGGAGAGGGACCCAACCUGUGCCUUAGGAAAUAGGAAGACUUUCAGCUCAGGCUGUGUUUCAGAAGUCUGGGGCUGGGCUGGGAAUUCCAAUUUGUCUUUCUGGGGGGGUUUUGUCCAGUAAGUUGGGGGUGAGCCCAGUGUAGGGGUGCUGAGGUGUGCAUGGCUGCCUCUUUUUGGGGUUUUGCUGUGGCCAUAUGACACAGCAGCACUGUCAUCCUGGCACCUUUGGCUCCUGAUCAAAGUAGCUCCACUGCAGCUGAAGCUUUCUCUCCCUGUGAGAUCCUUUCCCAGUUUCUUCAAGAAACUGCUGCAGGUGACAAUUAGUGUAUCUUCUUUUUUUUCAGGAACCACAAAAGUUUCAGGAGAGGGGAAGGAGGAAUUGAUUCUGCCUGCUGCAGAAGUUUGAUGUUAGUCAAGAUUCACUGCUUUUAAGGCAUAGUUACUCCAAUGCAUUAGACUUGGAGUUAAAAUUAAUGUUAGUGUAGUUUUUUUACAUGAAAACAUGUCUGUUUUGGCUGAUAACAUUUUGCUGCUAUCUCUUCUCACCAGUUAUGUGCUUGGUGAUAAUACCAAAUAUACUCCUUAGGUCUGUAUAAUGUGGUAGGAUGUGGCCCCACUUUUACACUGGGUCUUUAAAGAAAUAAUUUAAGGUAAAGAUCCAUAACAUGGUGGCAGUGCUGGAAGUGAUCUCCAGCCUGGAGAAAUAUCCCAUUACCAAAGAGGCACUUGAGGAAACCAGACUCGGGAGGCUUAUCAAUGAGGUGAGGAAGAAGACAUCCAAUGAGGAACUUGCCAAACGUGCCAAGAAAUUGCUGAGGAAUUGGCAGAAGUUGAUAGAACCUGUAACCCAGAACGAGCCAGUGCCAAGGGGGCUGCCCAACCCACCAGGAUCAGCAAAUGGAGGUGCCCACAACUGCAAACCAGACUCCCAACUUCCUGCUGUGCCUGGCGCCAAGCCCAUCAGCGAACUGAAAAGCAGGAAUGAUAUCCAGAAACUAAAUUCUCCAAAACCAGAGAAACUGGGAAAUAGGAAAAGGAAAGGUGAUCACAGGGACGGGCAUCAGGGCCCUCCUCCCCCAAAGGUCUCCAAAGCUAGUCAUGAAGUAUUACAAAACUCUUCACCCCCUCCAACCAAUGGAAUUGGAGGUAGUCCUGAAAAUUUUCCUAGUCCUGUAGACAUAAACCUACAUGCAGGGCCUGAAAGCAGCAGGACAGAUCUCAGUGAAAACGAUAAACACAAUAAGAUCCCAGUAAAUGCUGUAAAACCUCACACCAGUUCUCCAGGACUUGUAAAACCUUCAAGCACUUCCUCGUUACUAAAGACUGCAGUGCUUCAGCAGCAUGAUAAAUCAGAAGAAGCCACGGGCCCCCACCAGCCCAAGAGCCCACGCUGCUCCUCCUUUAGCCCCAGGAACGUUAGGCAUGAUACUUUUGCUCGGCAGCACACCACGUACUCACCAAAGGAUUCGAUGCCCAGUCCGUCUCAAAGGUCUCAGUUCGCGGACGCCGCGCCAGUGCCGUCGCCGCCUCCAUCCCUGAUGCAACCAUCCACACCUCCCAUGCCAGCCAAGAGACUGGAGUUCCCUCCUCAGGCGGCCCCCGAGGUGGCACAGCACUGGCAGGAGCAGCAGGGAGCCCCCGAGGGCCAGCACAGGCACACAGCAGGGACACUUCAGCAGCACACGGCUCCCGGCUGCAAAGGCCACCCCGGGGAAUCGCACGUGGGCUUCCCACAGGACGCUUCCAGAAUGGACAGUGAUGAUGCUGCUUCAGGGUCUGAUAGCAAAAAGAAGAAAAGGUACCGACCCAGAGACUAUACAGUCAACUUGGAUGGGCACGUGAUAGAAGGGGGUGUGAAACCUGUGAGGUUAAAAGAGAGAAAACUCACUUUUGACCCCAUGACAGGACAGAUAAAACCUUUAACACCGAAAGAUCCUUUGCAGGUAGAAAUCCCUGCACUUACUGAACAGCACAGGACAGAAACGGAAAAGCAGGAGCAAAAACCCAACCUGCAAAGCCCCUUUGAACAAACGAACUGGAAAGAGUUGUCCAGAAAUGAAAUCAUUCAGUCAUAUUUAAACAGACAGAGUAGCUUGCUGUCUUCAUCAGGAGUACAGACUCCAGGAGCUCACUACUUCAUGUCUGAGUAUUUAAAGCAGGAGGAAAGCACUAGAAAAGAGGCUAGAAAGACUCACGUUCUAGCUCCUAACAGCAAACCUACAGACUUGCCUGGGGUCACCAGAGAGGUCACGGGCGAUGACCUCGACAGAAUACGUGACCACAACUGGCCAGGCGUGAACGGUUGUUAUGACACACAGGGUAACUGGUAUGAUUGGACACAGUGCAUAUCCUUAGAUCCACACGGGGAUGAUGGGAGAUUGAACAUCCUGCCUUACGUCUGCCUAGACUGAGAGCAGUUCUGCUAAGCACGCUUUUUACACCUGCAGUUAGCAGAACUGGCAGACACGAUGCCACUUCCAGCUGGGAGAGAGCCUCCUGUCCUGGACAAACAGGCCCCACGAGCAGAGGGGGGGAGGGAGCUGGGCCUUUCCAGCUCGUUCCUUUAAAUUCUCCUUUUGUGAAAUGCUGCUACCAGUUUACUAACAAUUGCAAAGGAAGGCAUACGAAGGUUUGAUCAGUUGAGUUCAAAACUCUAUAGCGAGCCAGCUAUAAAAAGUGUUAGUCCCCAAGAAGUGAAGAGGAUUUCCAGCACUUUCUGAAUGCCGGAAUCUUAUUACAGGCAGGUACAGAGAAAAAAUUGUGGAAGUUACCUUAACAAAAUAUGCAUCUAUUUAUUUGACUUGAUUUGGGUUUUUAUUUGGCAGUGAGAUAUUCGAGAGACAAUGUGCAAAAACUGUAGUUUUAUUUCUGUCACAUCUCUGAACAUGAUUGCGUUAUUUAAGAGUCAUGUGGUACGGAGAUUGGGUUUUAAACAGCAGGUGUUGCACUGCAGGCUGGGCCACCAGCUUCAGCUCAACAUUCCAUAGGCAUCCACAUAUUUUAGUCUGGUUUCAGUUUAAAUCCAGUCUCUGAGAAAUGCUGCAAAAACUAGAUGUUUAACGAUAUUUUUUGAUCCCACCACCACCAGCCAAAUAUUUUUCCUCCUUUUCCCUUCCUGCAAACUUAUAGGUAAAAAACAAAAAGACAAAAAAAACAAAAAGACAAAAAGGAAAAAAAAAAAAAAAAGAAAAAUCACCUUUUCUAGAAUCUAAAUGUAAUGAGGGUGCUACAAGUUUGUAACUGUACUGUGAGAGGGAAAAAGGAAGCCUGUUUGUAUGCUGGAAAUAUACUUGUUACCAUUCCUUUAGAUAUUGUUUGCCUUAUGGAUAUCCAUCAUAAACGCAAUUUGCAAAAACAAAGAGCCUUAGUGAAUGUACAGUAACUAGACUUCUGUGUUCCUGGGAUGCAGAAGGGAGCAACUUUGCUAUUUGGUCCUUUAAGUGGACACGUUGUGAUAUAAAUGUGGAAAUAAAAAAAAUUUGCACAAA